UUUUUUCAGGUUUAUAACCAUAAAGAGUAUGAAAGAAAAGAUCUUUGUUAUGAGAAAGGGAAAAUUGUAGCCUCAACGACCAGUGUUCGACUGCAUCUGUAAGUUUUCCCUUAGUUGAGUUGGGCUUCCUGUGUCAUGUUGAAUGGAAGAAGACUGGGCUUUUUAAAAAAACAGAAACAAAAAUGGCGGACAGUUCAUGGACAUUUUUUGAUCUUCCUCACGAAGACAUAAUAUUUGACAAGAUAUUUUCCUGGCUUUGUAUGGACGAGAUAUUCAAAUGUCGAAGAGUCUGUAAAUCUUUCAAAAAUCUCUGUCAAUGGUUCUUUCAAURCAAUACUAUCAUGGACAUCAACGAUGUGACAUCUAAAGCCGAUUUCAAUUCAGAUGUGUUGGAACGCCUCACUAAAUAUAAUUGUUCUCUUCAAGCAUUAAUUCUGAGAAAUCCAAAGUUUUUUCUAGAAGACAGUGUUGUUGUUUCCAUUCUAAGACGAAAUCCUAAUUUACAACGGCUUGAUUUGUGUGGCUGUCGUGUGUUGACAAGCGUUGUCAUUUCAAAACUUGCAGUUUUCUGUCCUCAAUUACGAGAGCUGAAUCUUUUUGAUUGUCUUUGGGUCUCUCCUAAAUCGCUCAUUGAAGUAUUUGAAAACUGCAUUGACUUAGAGAAGGUAGAUUUGACUCGAUGUUUCAGAAUGAACGUGGAGUGCAUCACAAGUCUAACCCAGAAUUGUACAAAACUAAAAUCGUUGAGACUGAAUCAGUUUUUGGGCUUACUGGAUCAAGACGUAGAGCUUAUAGCUAGYAAAUGCCUUUGUCUGACACACAUAGGACUGGGUGGGUGCAUUAUGUUGACAGAUUUAUGUCUCCACAUGCUUGUCUCCAAUUGUUUGAAUUUGAAAUAUGUUGAGGUAAAUAGUUGUAAUGGCAUGACAAAAGAUGGCAUYUUGUUCUUGUGGGCAAAUGGCAUUGACACAGAUGUUAACAGGGAAUUUGUUGAGAGRUCAAAGUUUUGGUCCAGAUAAGCUUGGUCGCAAAGGCUUAUUCCAAUAGUUGAGCAUUUUCUCCUCUUUCCUCAUAUCUGCAAGAAUAUAUGGCACUUUUAUGAUAAAAGCAAGAAGAGCAUUAACCUUGCAAUGAUAAAAAUAUUCUUUUACAACCACAAACAAUUAUUUACAGGUUUCUUCCAUUGCUUGUAACUUGUCCCCAAUGACAAUAUGACCAUUACAAAGGAAACCAGAAGGAUGAGCAGUAGUAUAGCAAGAUCAACAGCUGUUUCACUGCGAUUUAAAAUCAUGAUGGCUAUUCUUUUAUGAUAGUGCAGUUAACUAGCAUCCAUGGAAUUUGCAUUUAAGAAAAGCUCUGUAUUAUAAAAUGAUCUCAAGUAUUGCUAUGGUUACUGUAGGUUUUAUUAUGAGGAUGAUUCUAGACAAAGUUGGGGGAUUUGAAGAGACUGUCUUUUGAAAUGCACACCACAAUGGUUACCAUAGCUACUGGAGUACUUAUUUUAUGAUUUUAAAAGUCAUCAUGGCUAUUAAAUUGAUAUACAGUAAACACCUGAAAAUAAGAACCUAAUGGAUUAAGAACCUCUUGGCAGAAAUUAUUUGCCAUUCUAAUAAAAUUGACCCCUUAAAUAAGACGAAGGAUUAAUGUCCGAAACGUCAGUAAGUUAUUCCACAUACUUUUUUACGGUGUUAAAUUUAUCUUUUUACAUAACUGUAUCUUUUUACAUAACUGUUUCUUUAGAAACACCGACGCAGCUCACUACUAGUUUACCGCUAGUUCCCACCCUUAAAUAAGAACCUCUUUAACCAAAUAUUAUCUAGCAGGUUCUUAUAAUAUGGGUUAGAGCUAAGUUACAGGAUAAACAAACUAUAACAUACUCAAUUUGAAGAUUGCUGAAUAUUACUGAACUAAUCUUUACAGUUGGUUGAGUUCAUUAUUUACUUGUACAGUAGUUGAAAGUUGCAGUUAUACAUGAUAUUAUAGUAUUACAUAUAAUUUUAGCCCAUAUUGAGCUUAUACAGCCUUUUGCACAAAUUAUGAGACAUUUUU